ACAGGUGAUUCCACCUACAACCCUUCCGAUUACUCACACUUAAUAUUUGCGUGGUAAUUUACACUAUCAAAUUGGCGCCACCCGUGGGACCUAUUACAAAAAAGUCAUGGCCAAUAAUCAGGAAACCGUGAUCUCACAAAUUUCUACUCCCGCUGAGAAUGUCAUUUCAUUCCCGGGAGGAAAUUCCCAACCGUCAAGCCAAGUUCCUACCCCCAUCAUCACCAUUCCACCACCUAUCCCAUUCACUUCUCCCGUGAACCCUGUUCCCGUUUUUCCUUCAAAUUUCCCCGGACCCCUUGAUCCAAUGUACAGCCAGGCUCUUCAGAAUUUUGGACAUUUCAUGUCCAUGUUCCAGCAGCCGGGAGGGUUUUCACUUUUCAAUCCGGGAUUGUAUCCACAAUCCUUGCCUCAAACUAACGUCAUUCGCCCGAUCGUUCCGACAAACCUGAUCGGGGAGAUGGAUAAAGCUGGUCCAUCCCGGUCUAGAAGGAGCCGGUCCCGUAGGCCACAGACAAAGGUGACCUCGGACGGGGAUGUGCGUUCAGUGCACAGCAAGGACGAGGAUUGGGACGUCCCCCAGGCGGUCAAGAAGUUGAAGGGAAAGGCAGUUCAGCCGGAAGGAUCUAGGAGGUCGGCCUUUCAGAGACUUGGCCAUGAUGGCCGAAAUCAGAACCGGUCAGCAAAAGAGCGGCUUGGGGUAGAAACCAUUCCAGCUAGUGCCUUUAAUCGUGCAGGGAGAGGAGCCGGACGACCUGGUCAGACUAGGCGAACGGAGCCAUCCCCACGCGAUGAGCCCCAGCACAGCCGGGCACCACGAGAGGAAGAAGCCGAAAGCCACCCCAGGCACACGACCCGUUCACAUGUUGAGCAACCUCGGGGUCGUGUGGGCCGGGUCGAGGCACGUCUGGAGAAACUACAACGCCGGGUAGACCGAGAAGAAAAGAAGAAGAUUCUGCUGAACGAAUCUCCAUUCACAGACCGGGUUCAUGAAACACCAUUUCCAAAGAAGGCGAAACUUGAAGUCCCGAAGUUCACCGGGAAGGAGGACCCGGAAAUUCACGUCAAAACCCUCCAUCAAAGUGGGCGGAUGAUGGGUCUUUCCGGGGAUGAGAAAUGUUUGCUUUUCUUUCAGACCCUCCGCGGCCGAGCCGCCGAGUGGUUUCAUAACUUACCGGCCGGUGAAAUCGAUUCUUUCGAUGAACUGGCUGAGGUGUUUCAAGAAAAGUUCAAAGAAAACUGUACCAAGAGGAAAAAGUUUACCUACUUGAGUACAGCCGGGCAGCGAGAGCACGAGGAUCUGACAAAAUUCCUCACCCGGUGGAAGGAUGAGGUUGACAAGGUGGAGGAGAUGGACGACAAGACAGCAAUGUCCCUCCUUGUAUCCGGGCUCCGGUCCGGAGAACUAUACAAAGAAUUCUGCAGGAGGCCUCCCCAGUCCUAUCAAGAGGCCUAUAACACGGCCUGGGACUAUGCUGACGCUGAAGCCCAGGUGUCAUCCAAGAGGGAAGCCGAGCAGGGCCACUCAAAGGGAAAAGUUUCCUUGAAAAAGGAAAUUACAUUGCCCGACUUCCUCGUUGAACUGACCGGUCUAGAGCCCGAAGCCGGACCCUCCCAUACGGUCGAACCGUGGUGGGACAUGGCCGUUGAUGGAGCCUCUGGACUGAAGGGAUGCGGGGCCGGCGUAGUCUUCACUACCCCGGAAGGAUUCAAGAUCUACCAUGCCUUGAUCUUCAACUUCAGACUCACCAACAAUGAGGCGGAGUAUGAGGCGUUGGCCGGUGGCCUCAGAUUAGCCCAGACACUCGGAAUAAAAAGGAUGAAGAUCCGUUCCGAUUCGAGUCUAGUGGUUGGACAGGUCAAUGAUAUGCUUUCAAAAUUGACACAAGCUUGCCCGGAGCAUGUGUCGAAGUUGGCGAAAAUUGAGAUCAUGGACGUGCCGAGUACAGACCGGUUUGAAAUCGCGGCUAUCCAACCGGGCCAGAAUUCGGCUACCGGGACAAUCGGAGCAGAUGAUGACUGGAGGCACGAUCUCAUGGAAUAUUUAGAGACCGGUCAGAAACCGGAUGACGAGGAACGGGCCAGGAAGGUGGUCCUGCGGGCUCCUCGUUUUCAGGUAAUCGAUGGUCACUUGUACAAACGUGCCAUCGGUGGACCUCUCUUACGUUGCCUUACCAACCGAGAGGCUGAACGGGUAAUAGCUGAGGUGCAUGAGGGAGUUUGUGCGGCCCAUCAAAUGUCUCGCACCCUGGCUCAGAGGAUAAUAUUGCUUGGCUACUACUGGCCGACCAUUGUGGGGGAUUGUGAGCGGUAUGUCCAGAGAUGUAGGACGUGCCAGACGGUCCGUCUCGAUUCGGCCAUUGAAGAUCGAGACUCGGGAACGUACGAGUCGCGGGUCGAUGGUGUUGUUGUUGCUGGUUAUGUUCUUUUUUAUCCUAGCUACUCCGGUUACUUUGAAAAGCCGGGUAUCUUCUUGGAGAAUUUUUUUGUAAGGGAGUGUUACAGGGGGAUUGGUCUGGGGAAAAUGAUGUUCUCUGCCGUGGCGGCGAAGGCGGCGGCGCUGGGGUUCUCCGCCGUGGAUUGGCUGGUGGUGGGGUGGAACACGGAGGCGAUUGAGUUUUACGUGGGAAUGGGAGGCCAAAUCAUGCAAGAUGUAGAGCGGUUUAGCGAGAUCGAGCUCGGAUUGAUCGGUAAUCGGAAGAAGAAACACUCAGAGAUGAUGGAAGAACACGGGGUCGAGCGGGACGGCGGCGGCGGCGGCCAGCAAUUGAUUCCGGAGGCGGCGACGGAGGCGCUGAGGAGAACCUCGAAGAACAUCGACGACCUGAGCGCUAACAUGGACCAGUUCCUGUCUCUCUGCGACGCGGAUGCUCUCUCCCGAUUGAACCCUCUCGAUAGGGCCCACUGUCUGCUUUUGCUCUCUAAAGCCAUCACCACUGCCUAUGCAUUGAGGUUGAGAUGCAAAGGAGUGAAUCCAGAUGACCAUCACGAGAGGUUAAGCUUGUACCAAGUGAAAGUACAACGUUCUUUGGAUUUAAGUAAAGCACCACUGCGCCCAUCAGCCACAAUAAAUGCAAAUGCAGCAGCUCGUUUUAUUGAGCAUUCUCUGCCUGACCUCACACCAGAGCAGAGGCAGAGUAUGAGAGACAUCAGCAAAGGGGAGGGGGCGAGGAUGAAAUAUUUGGAACGAAAUAUCCAUAAGAAGAGAAAAUGUCAAUCGGGGGAAAAACAAUCUGUUCGAGCUGCCACUCAGGAAUUUCUUGAGAAAGCCAGCCGUGAGCUUCUAGGUGACAAUAAAAGUGGAUUUAAGGGACCCUUGCAUCCACCUCAGGAUUCUGAUGAAGAUAUACCUAUUGGAUGAUCCUCUGGAUAAUCCCACUUUUCUUGUUCUUGUGUUUGCAAGCGGUGGCAUUGAAAUGGGCGGUCAAAGGGAUUGGCAUGAAUCAUCAAUCCGUAUUUCUCAAAAUUAACUUGGGCUGCAAUU